AAUCGAUUCCCGUCCGCAGUCCGGCUCGGCGUUUGAACAUGGCAGACAAGACAAAGGUCGCAGAACAGUAUUACGCCCCGCCGCCGGAUCUAGGCAAAUGGGAGUCCUUCAGGAUUUUCCUGUGGAAUGGCGAGACGGGACAGUUCCUUGGCCGCACGGGAUCGAGUUGGGCUAAAAUCUUGCUGUUCUACCUGAUCUUCUAUGCGAUCCUCGUCGGCUUCUUCGCCGCUAUGCUGGCGAUCUUCUACCAGACCCUGGACUCCAAGAUGCCCAAGUGGCAGCUCGAUGGAUCAAUCAUUGGAUCCAACCCAGGUCUUGGUUUCCGACCGAUGCCGGACAGCGCGAACGUGGAAAGCACGCUGAUCUACUACAAGGCUAACGACAAGGGCUCCGUGCUCAAGUGGGCGCAGAUCAUCGAUGAUUACUUGGAGCAAUACCGCAAGAAGGGCAGUGGUGUUGAGGCGAGCGGCGCGGAGUACCGGGUACCCUGCUCCCCCACGAGUGGCGCCACGGGAGAGAAGCAGGUCUGCGAUGUGCCUGUCGAUGACUUCCAUCCCUGCACCUCCGCCAACCAGUACAACUACGAGGAGGCUGGGCCUUGCGUGUUCCUCAAACUGAAUAAGAUCUUCAACUGGAUCCCGAAGCCAUACAACAACACUGAGGACCUGCCCUCCAACAUGCCUGAUGACCUGAAGCAACACAUCAAGAUGGUCUCGGGCAAACCUGAAGCGAACACGGUGUGGGUAUCAUGCGAGGGAGAGAACCCAGCUGACGUGGAGAACAUCGGGCCAGUCCAGUACAUCCCUCGCCGCGGCUUCCCUGCCUACUACUACCCCUUCACCAACAAAGAGGGCUAUCUCAGCCCCCUCGUCGCUGUGCUCUUUGAGAAACCCAGGACGGGCGUCCUGAUCAACAUAGAGUGCAAGGCCUGGGCCAAGAACAUCUUCUACGACCGCUACGAGCGGCGCGGCUCCGUGCACUUCGAGCUGAUGGUGGACCGCGCCUAAGCACCACCUGCGCCAGUUGGCCACGCUGCUGCCCCACAGACUGCUCACCUGGCCAUCAGUGUCUUAUUUACUUGUUCCAUCACGUUCUGGAACCGGGGCUAUCACAAACAUAUGCCACUCAGGCAGAUCAGGUUUAACUACAUUUCAAUCAUAACUUAGCGUUUUAAACUUAAGGUUCUUAACUACGAUAGCCCCGGUCCCAAUGGAGCCACUCAAGCAUUCUGUAGGGCGAAGGCCUAACCGCCAAUUGGCCGCCAAGGUCACCAACUGAUCGCCUACCGGCCAAGAUCAUCGGGUCCCCAAUUGGCCGAGUUCGUCAACUUACUGCCAAAAGAUCGUUAGUUGAUCACUAGUCAUGCUAAUUGGUGGUUGCCGGUCUCAACCGGCUGUUAGUUGUUUUAAGUGUUGUAAGGUCAUGGUUACCAGUUAGUCGCCAAGGUCGCCAAUUGUUCGCUGCGGCUGCCAAGGUCGUCUCGGAGGUCAUGCCAGGCCGGCUGCCAAGCGCCAUUAGCAAUAGCCACAUAGUCGGCGAUUAAUUUGUAUUCGUUUUAGAAUAAGCCAGAGGGCGCCACUAAUUUUAACUUUUGUUUGUCACGCUUCAAAUAAAGUUAAUGAAAUUUAAAAUUUAUUGAAUAUAUAUGAAUUAUGUAAUGUUUUCUGGACGGACAGUCAAUAAACACGCAAUAGUUGGUUCCAA